AUGUGUGAAUCCGAUUCUUCGAUUAAUGGGUCUACAGACCAAGAUUUAUUGAUGUGCGAAUCCUCCAUCGAUGAUACUUUGACCAUGAUUAAUAACAAACUUUCUACUGCUCAACCGUCUACCGUGAAGUUAUCAAAGUUUGAAGCUCAAAUUCAAGCAAUGUUCAUCAAUAAUAAUGCAAUGAACUCUUCAUCUUCUCAAUCUGGAAAUUUGUCAUUGAAUAAAUUUCAAUAUUCAGUCCCCUCUUCAAACAUGCUUUCUCUGGGUUCUUCAAAGUCUUUUCUAUAUUCAUCAAACUCUACCUCCCUUGAUGCUUCUAACCAAAACUCUAACCUUGAUGAUUUCAAUUCUUCUGAAUAUUUAUACUAUUCGCCUAAUGCUAGCGAAAGCUCUAUUGAAGAUAUCGGUUCCCUAGAUACAUUUUCUCCAUUAACUCAAGAUUCAAAUGUCUCUUCAACUAACUCUACAUUGGCCGACUUUAGUAGUCACUCUUCUUCAAUGAAAGAUACAUUUGAUACAUAUAAUACCUUAUUUCGUCCAGGGUCAAAUAUUGACCCUCUAGGCAUCCAGUCUGAAAAUGGUAGAAAACGUGCUUCUAUUAAAUGCGAUUCGACUUCUUCCGAUGAAUCUUUAAAAAAGAGACGUAAAGCUGAAAAUGUAACUGUUAAAUCCGUAAAGAAAACAAGUAUUUACUACAAGUCCACAAAAAAGAUUGAUCCUUUUAUCAAAUACGAAGCAGAUUCUGAAAGUUCUUUGACACCAAAUAUGCAUUCAAAAUCCCCUGUGAUUGAUUUGAAUACCAUGAAUCGAACCACCAAACCUUUUGAUACUAAUUCUGUUCAAGGCAAGCAUUCUGAUAAAAACACAUCUUUUGGUACGAAGUUGCCAAUACCUCGCCUCAAGCAUUUGACCUCAACUUUUCAACCACAACCAAGUUCGCAAACUCUAACAAACAAACAACAAAAAAGAACUGCUCACAAUGUGAUUGAGCGCCGUUAUCGAAAUAACAUUAAUGAGCGAAUAAAUGACUUAAAAAAUGUGAUUCCCGCACAAGAUGAUGACGUAAUCGAAGAAGUAGUCGGAAUUCCACCUAGAACGAAAAUAAAUAAAGCUACUGUUUUGAAAAAAGCAACCGAAUAUAUUAAACAUUUAAAAAUGGAUAAUCACAAAUUCAAAAGUGAAAAUGACGAUUUAAAAAAAAUCAUUGCAACUAUUCCUGGUGGUACCGAGUUAUAUAAUUCUUAUUUCAAAGUUGAAAAUGAACUCACUCCGCUAAAUACUCCUCUUUCUGAGAUUGAUUCUCUUCCGACUCCUUCCUCUGGAAAUGGUGCCUCAAGAAUAUUGAUGACUUUGUUCAUGUGCAUAGUUUUUUUUGUAAAUCCAACGAAAUACGUUCAAUUAGUUCCACAUCAUCACAGUGAUGAAGGACGUGUUAUUGUUAGUAAUAAUUUAAAUAAUACCGAAUUAUCAGUUCAAAAUGAAAUUUAUAAUUCGCAAAGUGAUAUAGUAAUCGAUAUUUGGAUCUUUGCAUUCCUUAUGUGCUUUACUUAUAUCGUCUGGCCAUCUUUGUAUUCAAUUAAAGAACAACAAACUCGCAAAUCUGCUAUAAUUUCUUGUUUAACUUCCAAAACUAAAGAUGUAACAGAGCUUUAUUCAUCUCUUUCGUCCCUUUCGAAUUGUUCGUCAAUGAAUACUUUUGGUUAUGCAACUAGUCUUUUUAUCGAAACUUUAAAAUUAUUUUUAAAAUUUUUGGGUUGGGAAAUUCCUUGUGCUUAUUUUAAUGUAGAUAUGGAUGAAAGAUUGUUAGAAGUUGAAUUAUGGAACCGACUUGGUGAAGCAGAAUUAUGUGGUGGAAACAAGCGUGCAACUUGCCUAUCAGUCUUAUACACAUGCCUUCGAACAAUUAAUCUUUUGGAAAGUCCUUACACUUAUAAUAAGAGUAUGCGCAUCAGUCCUUCUCGUAUAUACGCAAACGCUGCAUUACAAUGUUAUGUUGGUCUUCAGUCAGUUCCCUCUUUAUCCCAUAGAGCUGUAUCUUAUUUCUGGAAAUUAGCUAUUAAAGAAAAGGGUCGUUCCAACUCUGAAGAGAAAUGGCUUGAAAUAGCACUUAUUAACGACCAUAAUAAUGAUAUUUUGGAAAUCGUAGCUAAUAGGAUCAGGGAUCAUGUUUUUCAUUUAUCGGAAAACGAAGAAAUAAUUAAACCCAAGAUCUGCACAACUGUCCCACUUGUUUAUGUUUCCGAAGUUCAAGCUCUCUUCCAUUUCAAGGAAGCCUUUGCCAAUCUUAUUUCUGUACGACAUAGCGUCAAUAAAGUUCAAAAAAAGAAAUCCAAAUUUACCUUUUCCGAACUUCUUGGUAUUACCACACCUGCUUCCCUAAUGCAUUGGUAUGCAUUGGUUGGAUGUAUUGUCCAGGCUUUUUAUGAGGGUGAAAAUGAUCUUGGUGCAAAACUAGUAAACAAGUUAAAUGAAGAAUCAAAAGCUAAUGACGACUUGAGUAAACAAAUUAUUACAAUGAGUUUACUCUCUCGGUAUCUCUUGAUUUGUGAUAAGAUUGAAGCUUCUAUUCAUUAUGCAGAUAAAGUUGUUGAUUAUGUAUCUUUACGAAAAAAUAAGAAAAUAGAAACUACUGAAGUCGACAAAUUGGUGAUUAGAGAGAUUGUCAAAGAUAUUGAUAAUUUGGUAGAAAUUUGUGUUGGAUGGAUUGUUUUAGAAACAAGAAUCGUUAUUCUAGGAAUUGUCGGAAAUUUGCAAUCAAAAAAUAAGGAUAAAAUUUUACCAAAUGUACUUGAUGAAAGUUAUAUAAGAUCUUCCAUUAACGUUUGGGCUCGUUAUCUACGUCGAUUAUCAAAAUUAAAUGUAUUUGAUAACAUUCCAAACUUACGAGAAAAAUUUAUAAGGCAACUUGAAGCAGUCGGAAGGAUUAUAUCUGGCAUAGACGAAGAAAUUGACCCUGUGUGUGAUUGUGGUGAUUACGAUAAACAGAACAAUAAUGAAUAUAAAGCCACAAGAGCUUUGUGUACCUUAAAGGACAUGUAA